AUGGUGAUUCGAGAAAAGUUGUUCAGAUCUCUAUUGAAGAAUUUUGCAUUCAAAAUGAACUCAAUGCGGUUUGCUCUUGUCAUUUCACUAGAUAACUUGACCAAAGCGGCCAAUGACAAGAAAAAGACAAAGAAACUACGGAAAGGAAAAGGAAAGAAGACGAUGAAGCCGCAGAUGAUCAGAGCAAAUUCGAAGUUCAGGGAGAGACUACAGGAAGUGCUGAAAUGGUGCUCAAUGAAGAUGAUUUUGAAGAGGGAAGUACUAAUUGGGAAGAAGGAUGAGAUAUAUGGUGGCAGGUUAUUAGUGAGUUUGCAGUUGUUUGUUAGAAAUGAUGCGGAUGAGUUUAGUGCGGUUUUGAAGCGUGAAUCGAAUCUGAAGAUAUUGAUCACCACUUGCCGAUUUAAUUCUUCUAGGGGUCCUGCUUUUAUAGAGGAACUACUUUCGGUGAUCCCAAAUGCACAGUACUAUAAAAGAGGCACUUAUGACUUGAAAAAGAUUAUAGAGUAUGCAAAUAAAAAUAAAUUCACUUCUUUAAUUGUUGUUCAUACCAAUCGCCGGGAACCAGAUGCUCUCCUAAUUAUUGGCUUACCUAAUGGACCUACUGCCCAUUUUAAGCUCUCAAAGCUUGUUUUACGGAAGGAUAUCAAGAAUCAUGGAAAUCCAACCAGUCAUGAGCUUGAGCUUGUAUUAAACAACUUUACAACACGCCUUGGUCAUCGUAUUGGGAGGUUGAUUAAUACACUUUUCCCUCAAGAACCAAAUUUUCGUGGUCGGCGAGUUGUAACUUUCCACAACCAGCGAGAUUUUAUAUUCUUCCGGCAUCAUCUGUACAUUUUUGAAACCAAAGAGACUAAACAAGCUGAAGUAAAGGGCAAAAAGACCAAGGAUUCCAAAGCUGACGCUAUUACUGAAGCAAAACCAUUUGCGCGCCCACAGGAAUGUGGUCCUCAUUUUACCCUUAAAUUGAUCAGUCUACAGCACGGGACAUUUGAUCCUAGAGGCGGGGAGUUUGAGUGGGUUCACAAGGAUUUUGAAUGGUGAAGAUGUAGAUAUAGAGGAAACAGUUCUUCGCACUCCAAUAUCCAAAUCCUAGAAGAACCAUUCAGAUUUGUUCUACUCAACACCACAAAUAAAUAGGAACAUUCCUUCUGGUGCUGCAAUAUGUGCUAACUUGUGAAGCUUCACAACAAGCUUGGAGGUGAUGCAAAUAAGAAUAUAGUGCACAAGAUGCUUGGUAAAGUGACACAUGAAGGUUUUGUUGAAGUGAAAAGAUAUUAUAUCAGCUUUUGAUUCAUGUGUAGCUAGUUAGGAAUGCUUUUCUUCUUUUAU